AUGGUUCUGAAACCGAAAUGCAUGGCAUUCAAGUAACGUUUAGAUAUAAAAAAAUAUAUACUUUUCAUAGCUACUUGUUUUUGAAUUGGUGAACCAGAGUUUGUAGUGAACAGCUGAAUUCUAGAACGUUCACGGAAAAAAACGACCGUUCAGAUUCGCUCAACGGAAAAACAUGAUGCCCCUAAACUACAGCUAAAAUGGGUUGGAUAAAGGGAGAGGGUGAGAUAGAGGACUCGUACAAAAUAAGCAAAAUAGCUGCCCAUGUACCUGAUCUUGUUGUCUACAGCACCCUCACCAACGAUAUCCCAUACGCAGAGAACUUUCAUGGAGUCCUUCUCUUCGCGGAUGUCUCAGGCUUCACUAAUCUGACUGAGAAAUUCAGUUUGAGUAGCAAGAAAGGCUAUGGAGCAGACGAGUUGACACGCACACUCAACAGCUACAUUGGGGAAAUAGUCAGUCAUAUCCUUGAUGCUGGGGGAGAUAUUCUGAAUUAUGCAGGCGAUGCCAUCUUGGCUCUAUGGACUGUGGAGAGAGUCCAGCUCAGUGAAGUAAUCUCCCUGGUAGUCAAAUGCAGCCUCAACAUCCAGGACCAGUGUGGAGUCCGGGAGACGGAAGUGGGCUGUCAGCUAAAAGUUAAAAUAGGUAUAUCUGCUGGGAAGCUCUCCAAGGUGAUCGUAGGAGACGAGAUCAGUCAGUACUUUGUGGUGAUUGGCCGGGCGGUAGACGAGGUGCGGCUGGCAGAGGGUUUGGCGGUGGCCAGCACAAUCAUCUUGUCACCUAACGCCUGGGAACUAUGUGAGAGGGACAACAUCGCCAUUGACCCCAUAGAGAACGAGAGAGCCGUGAAGGUGCGAUACAUCAAGCGAGAGCCCAGUUUCUCUGUUGAGAAGUACCAGGAUUCAAUAGGAAUGUCUGUAGAGCAUGAAAAAGUGACAAGAGAUUGUGUGAGGAGAGCAUCUCGACUGAUGCCAAACGCCGAGCUUGAGAAAACUUUACGGAAGUACAUCAUGAAAACGGUUUUGCAGAAGAUAGAUGACGACCAGCCUCUGGAGUAUCUUUCUGAGAUGCGUCCGGCCACCAUAGUGUUUGUCAACAUGCAGUUCAAGGGAGGAGAGAGUGACCAGGAGCAGUGUAUGACCAUCCACCAGGCUGCCAUUGGCAUCGGUCAGCAGAUAGUCAAGCACCACGGGAGGGUCAAUAAAGUGUUUAUGUUCGACAAGGGCUGUACUUUCCUCUGUCUGUUUGGGCUCCCUGGGGACAAGCGGGAGGAUGAGAGUGCCCACGCCUUACAGGCUGCCUAUGGAGUACAUGACCUUUGCCAGAAAGAGAUCCGCAGCCUCAAGACUGUCUCUGUUGGAGUAACCACAGGUCCAGUGUUCUGUGGUGUAGUAGGACAUCCAGUGAGGCAUGAAUACACAGUGAUUGGUCGUAAGGUGAACCUGGCGGCACGGCUGAUGAUGCACUACCCUGGGGUGGUGUCAUGUGACAGCGAGACUUGCUACUACUCAAAACUGCCCGCGUUUUAUUUUAACGAACUGCCCAAGAAAGCCAUGAAGGGAGUCAAGAACCCUGGAGUCCUUUAUCAGUUCAUGGCCAAUAAACAGCAGAUAACUGUUGGUAAAGCACCUAUGUCCGUUGAGAGAGAGGAGGGAUAUCCUCUUUUGGGCCGAGAGAAAGAAAUUGAAGUGUACUCCAGCAUGCUGAAGGGCUUCUUGGAGGCCAGGGCUGCAGGUCACAAGAACUACAACAAUGUUUUGAUCUACGAGGGACCUAUCGGCUAUGGCAAGAGCCGCCUGCUGGCUGAGGUGGUAUACAGAACAGCCAAGGAGGGAGUCAGAGUGAUCUCUUUUGAGCUGGCCAAGACGGACAUCAAGCAGUCCAACUACGCCCUCCAGACCCUACUGGCCAUCGUCAUGUCAGUUCAGAACUGUAAGAGCUACGCCGAGCGAGAGAGAGUCCUCCUCUCCAAGAUCCUAGACCCAAAGAUGAGGCAGAACCUCUGCCUUCUCAAUGAUAUCCUGUUAGUCAAGUUUCCUGUGUCGAAGGAUGUGUCACUCAUGGACAGUCAAACGAAGAACAAGAAGAUGAGGAACUACUUUCUGGAGUUGUUUUGCAAGUUCGCCGAGGACGAGCCGUGCGUGUACGUGUUGGACCAGGCUCACUUUGUGGAUCGAUCCUCAUUGACCUUCCUGCUCGAAGCAUGUGAAAAAGCCUCGGUUCUGGUGUGUAUGGCCCUUCUCCCCCACACCAGUCAGAGCGGGCCCUUCUCGGAGCUUAGCCGCAUCAUCAAGGACCCCCGGACCCUCUACCUUAACCUGCCUGGGUUGGAGCCCCCCGUCAUCGCCCAGCUAGCCUGCCAGAUACUGGGGGUGGUCCGCAUCCCUAGCGAGGUGGAGCUGUUCCUGGUGGAGAGAAGCCAUGGAGUUCCAUACUACUGUGAGGAGCUCUUGAAGAGUCUGUAUCUGGGAAAUCUGAUCGUGAUCGAGGAGGUGGAGGGGGAGGAUGAGGCUAAAGACGUAGACAUCCUGUUCCCUGAGCCCACCCUGGUGGUACACUGCUCCAAACCCAGCCAGGUGGGGCAAGAGGAGGACGCCAGGGCCGGAGCGCUGGGUCCACCCAAGGCAUCCAUGUUGAAAUCCCGCAAGAUCACAGCCCUGGACCAUUUUGUUGACCGUGCUUUGGUCUGUUUUGUCGGAGAAGCUGCCAAAUUCCACGAAGUUCCCAUCCCUCUGACAUUGAAAGGCAUGGCCCUGGCCCACCUAGACCACCUGCAGCCGGCCGACCAGAUGGUGGUGAAGUGUGCUGCCAUCAUCGGCCAAACCAUCACCACGCAGAUGCUCAUCAACAUCCUGCCAGAGUCAGAAAACCCUGACAAGCUCAACCUGUCGCUCACCUCCCUGUUCAAGUCGGGCACGUUUGAGUGCGGCUCCAAGCCCAAGCAGUUCACCCAGCAACUCACCAAGGAGUCAGAGUGCUGGGAUGCACUCAACUGCUACUGUGUCCAGGACAGCCAAGAAGACGUCCGUGAAGAAGUGUCAGGCAAGGCGUCUGUGGAUGGCGCGUGGCGCUGCAGGGUGAUGCGUUUCUGUACGGCCCUGGUCAAGGAGACGGCCUACGAGCUGUGGCUGAAGGAGCAGAAGAGAGAAAUCCACCAGAAGUGUGCCAGCUACCUCCUCAAGCAGGCCCACCGCUGCAGGGACUGCGGCAUUGCCGAGUUCAUCUUCGGCCACAAGGCGGCUAUAGGGUACAACCUCAUCGAGAUCCACCCGAGUUUGCUCAACAUACAAGAGUCUGGGGAGGCCCUGUUCCUGGGCCAAAGUACUACACUGGGGCUCCCCAAGGAGACUAUACAACUGAACCAGGUCAGCCCUUUGCAUCCCAACAGUGUGGAGGACGAGUUCUUGUUGAAACUAGAUUCUAUGGUGAAUGAGUACAACACCACAGUGGACAGAACCAGGAAGUGUAGGUGUGCCCAGGUGACGGAGUGUGUGCUGUGCCCCAUGGUGCGCCACUGCACAGGUGUGGGCGACGUGCCCAAAACCUUUUAUUACCUGCUAGAGACCGCCGCAGCAUCGGCUUACCUCUCCAACAACCUCAAGGCCCUGUCCUAUUUAAACGAAGCCAAGAUCAUACUGGAUAAUCUGAAAGUGGGCAAGCCAGCCUUUGAGACUGCCGACCCGAAAGUCAAAGUGAAAAUCAACAACUUUGAGAGAGCCUGUAUUUUCCGUCUCAGAGGGGAGGUGUUGUACAACACAGGCCAAAUCGAGGAGGCUGAGAGCAUGUUUUCCAGCGCCCUACGGCUCCUGAACAGACGUCUCCCUACGAACCGCGUGGCCAUGUCCCUGAAGUAUGUCUGUGAGAAGAUGAAGAGUCUGUGCUACAGAUUCAAGAACCCUGACAACCCUGGAGAGAAGAAGCUGGCGUUCCUCCACGAGCAGAUCUGCUGUCUGUCGUACAUGUGGCAGAUCGGCUGCAUGAGGAGAGCUCCCAAGAACAUGCUCAACGCAUCGCUGGCCAUCACUAUGGAGAUGAACUCAGCCCAGAAGAGUGCAGAGGAGACCAAGAUCAUCUUCUCGUGCAUCGACUACCUCCAGUAUUGUCAGCUGAAUGGUCAGGACGACCGGUGUAAGAUCUAUGAGAGGAUGCUGUGUGGAACCUGUGUUGAGCUGCCUGACUGCAUGGAGGGCCUGAUCCUCACCAGCUACUUCAUACGCUCCCUCUCCAUCGUCAAGCUCUGCUCCGGAGCCCUGCACGACUCCAUCCAGUAUGGUCUCCGAGCAGAGCAGAUCAGCAAGCUGACGAACCGCCGGGGCCUGGACAUGUAUGAGGAGUGUGUCCAGCUGAUGCAGAGUCUGGAGUACCUGGGAAACAGGACCCGCAUCAGCACGGCUAAAGGCUGGUUCUAUGCAGGCUGCUUUGACUUCCUGCUCUACUCAGGCUUUGCCUUCCGUCCGUUUGAGGAGUGCUACACCUUUGUGGAGGAGUCCCAGUCAGACCCUAACCUGGUGGCUGACAAGAGUCUGAUGAUGAACCUCUACUCUGCUCUGGCUCUGUGGUAUGCCCGUCUGUGUGAGUGGGAGAAGGCCUGUUUCUUCUACACCAAGGCCUGUGGAGUGACCCGACAGGCUCCCUCAUCCAUCCACUCCAUCAACGGCGUGGUCAUGUUCCUGGAGUGUCAUGUGCUGCUGUUCAGAAAGGCCCUGGUGGAGCACAACCAACACAUCAAAGCCAUCUACCAGAGCACACAGAAGCACUUCACAGAGUUCAACCGGAAGUACUCGACCAGCAAGAUGUACUUGCCCCGGGUGCUGCACCUCAGAGCUUACAUGUACAUGCUGGCGGGCCACGAGGCUCUGGCCAACGCCAUCCUCAACAAGGCUUUAAAGCUGUGUCAGCAGCACGGCAACAAGCUGGAGGAGAGCUGGAUCACACAGAACCAGAUUUCGUGGUUCGGCGUGUUCAGGCAGAGUACCAGCAACUGGUUCGCUUCCACUUUGACCAUGCCCAGCUGGGAGGAGGCUAGGGGGAUGGACCCAGAGGAGCUGGCCCAUACCCGCUACACCCUAGUGGGUGUGGGGGGCGAGAUCUGGGCUGACAACUCCAGCCUGCACCUCGCCCCAAAGGCAGAGGACACCCAGCUCCUCAAAGGCCAAGGAUAGGGACCCGGUUCCUUUAUUGAGAGUGUGGAGAACACUGUAUAUAGGGAAAGCUAUUGGAGCAGAUAGGAAGGAAGUAAGGUCAUUGGCGAUUUGGUUUUGAACUGUGAUGUGUUAGGGGUUAAUGAGUGUUGGUAUCAUUUCAUCUCGAUCAGAAGUGGAUGGCCAAGAUAUCAACGUUCACCAAAUGAAAGGAUGUUUCAGUCACUUUAUUGUUUCCUACAUUUCUCUCUCUUUCUGUCAUAUAACAAAUCACAUUUAUAAUAGAACAACAUUUAUCUGAAUUGAUCAUUUUCCACAGAUGAGUCGAUAAACUCUGAAACAUAAAUUUGUCUUCAGCUAUCAAUACUACAUUUAAAGGCAGAUUUCCACAAGUAAAGUGGCCAAAAUGUGAUAUUGAUCCAUUCUUAUUUCUCUAAUAAGUAAAAUCCAUCAACAAACACAGUACAAUGGGAUAGACGUCAACGACAUAAAAACCACGAGUUUUCACUUACCCCAAUUCAAAGUUUUUAGUAACAUAUUAGUAACACUUUACACAUGAAUAAAAUAUACUAUGUAUAGUACAUCGUUAAGAGUCUUCACUUUAUUACAUUUUGCCCUUUCUCACAAAGCUAUUAUUGCAUUUCUAUCAAUUAACCACAACAUCCCUGUAGAGAGACACUGCUAAGUUUGAUUCACCUUUUGUGCAGGUGUUUAAAUACAGUUACUGGUAGUUCAGAAUCAGAACACAACAUCACUUUGUAGGUGUCAAACAAACUGGAAUGCAGGAGAAGAUAUCACAUAACGUACCGACAGGGUGACUGGGACAAUAUGCCGGUAAAGACACAUUUGUAUGCCCGUGGAACACACAGCUACAGUGCCUUCUCGAAAGUAUUCACACCCCUUGACUUUUUCCACAUUUCGUGUUACAAAGUGGGAUUCAAAUGAAUUUAAUUGUAAAAUUCAAAUCUAUUAAUAAAUUUAAAAAAAAUACAGUAAUAUAUCUUGAUUAGAUAAGUAUUCAACUCCCUGAGUCAAUACAUUUUAGCUUUUCAUUUUGAAUGAAUUUGUUAAUUUCAAAAAAACUAUUCCACUUUGACAUUAUGGGUUAUUGUUUGUAGGCCACUGACCAAAAAAUCGAAAUGUAAUUACAUUUUAAAUUCAGGCUGUAACAACAAAAUGGGGGAAAGGUCAAGGGGUGUGAAUACUUUCUGAAGGCACUGUAUCUCUACAUGGUCAUCAAACGACUUCAAAGACAAUUUGAUCGUUAAAACCAGAGAUCCUAUAAAUUACUACAUGGUGUUCAUUGAAAGUCUAUGGUUAAAACCCUAAAGGAAUCACAUUCCCAAUAGGUACAGAAUGGCAGGGCUAUGCUGCUACGCUAACUGGAAUGUAAUGGUCCCCAAUGCCUGAAAUAUAACACUGGCCUGUAAUGGAGAAAGAAUACUAUCAACAAAUCUUCUGGAAAAUGGCAGUGAAAAUGUUACAAAUGAGAUUUCAAGAAAAAAACGUGUACAUUUAACACAUAUACAGUAUACUGUUUUCGUAUCGUUAAGUGCAGAGAC